GUCAUUGAUUUAAUUUCCAGUGUUCAGUGUGGUUUCAUUAAACAAAAAAAUCAAUUUUAAAUAUAAAUAAUUAAAUAAAAAUGCGUUUAUUUGUGACAAUUUUGUUAACUGUGGUGACGAUUGCAUCAGCCCAGCAGCACGAAUAUGAUCCCGCUUUGUUAAGACAAUACUACGCUCAAGCAGCACAACAGGCUGGUGCAGAAGCUACACAAAGAGUUGCAACGCCCAUCUUUGAACAACAAGAACAACCUCAAUAUACGCAACAAAGAAGUUACCCAAGACAACAACAACAAACCCAAGCUUAUGUUCCUGAACAACAACAUCAAGCGAGACAAUAUCAACCACAAGCUCAGCAGCUUCAAUAUCAACAAAAGGCACAAGCAAAGGCAAAGCGACCACAAUAUACACAACAACAAGAAGAAGAAGCUCAGGAAGAUUAUGACCCCAACCCUUCAUACCAAUUUGGAUUUGAUGUCAAAGACGAUGAGUUCACCAACUACCAAAAUCGUAAAGAACAACGAGAAGGAGGCGUUAUCAAAGGUUCAUACAGUGUCGUCGAUAGUGAUGGCUUCAUUCGUACUGUGAGUUACACUGCUGAUCCAAAAGAGGGUUUCAAAGCUGAAGUUAUUCGAGAACCAACUGAUAUUGUUGUGAAAGUUCCAACACCAGCACCCCAAACUCAUCAACCUCAUCAAGAAUUCCGUCAAGCUCCAAAACAACAAGCACAAGCACAACCUAGUCAUCAACAACAUCAACAACAAUAUCGUCAACCUCACCAUCAACUGUAUUCAAUGCAUCGGCCUGGUUUCUGGCACGUUCCAAAGUUCAAGAGCAAGGAAUCGCAAACAACUAAGAAGAAGGUUCACUUUUAUGACGACAUUAGAAAGAAAGGAAGAUUCGCAAUGAGUCAAUUAUAUCAUGAAUUUGGUGUGACACUGCAACGUCGAUCUGCUGAUGAUGCUUGGGGAAUUAGACUUGCAGGCGGUUCAGACUUAAAUUCACCGCUAAUUAUCAUUCGGGUUCAGCCUGAUAGUCCCGCACAACGUGAACUUAUUCGAGGUGAUAUCAUAACAAAAGUUGAAGACUAUGAUGCUAGAGACUUGCGACAUGAGGAUGCAAAUUUGUUGUUUAGAACACAGGAUAAUAAAAUUCGAUUGGUUGUAAGACGAGACAAUAAAAUUGCUAUGAAUUCGGGUAAAUCUAAUCCAAUCUCUUCGCUGCCACCACCAAAUAUUGCAGCAUCAUAUGUACCAUCACCGGAACCUUAUGCUCCAAAUAGCGCUCCAAUACCUUAUCCUCGAGGACAACAUAAUGUGAGAGCUACUUGCAUAUCACCGGUGGAAUCACUUCCACACAGUGAUUUCUCCAAUCAUUAUCAAUCGAAUCAAGGAAAAGCAGAACAACAUAUGAAUUAUCCUCCUCCACCACCACCUAGAAGUUGCUUCAGUCCCCAACUGACUCGAGAUAGUUAUCAAGGUUAUGAUGAAGAAAAUGCUGCUAUUCAAAAUCAGCCAUAUCGAUCAACACCUUUAAUUUUACCAGGUGCCAAAGUUAAUCACCAGCGAAAUUAUCCCACAGAAAGUUAUUUGCGUCAUCAUCCCAACCCUCAAGUUCGUGGUCCACCAACUCAUGAUUUUACUGAUAUUAUGAUGAAACAAAAAGUCGCUGAUAGCGUUUUGAAUCGCUAUGGUACCGAAGCAACCAACGGUCCUAAGCUUGUUCACAAACAAUUCAAUUCACCAAUCGGACUUUACUCAGAUAAUCUUAUUGAGAACACUAUCAAGAAUACUGUUUCACCACCAGCAUCUGUUGUUUCAGCUGGUUCGUCAUCAGUUCCAUCACCAAAUGGAACAUUGAAUCGUCCACAACAAAAUCGUCCGACAAAAAUUCAAGGCAUUUUCAUUGACAUGUCGUUCAUGGAGCAAAAGAAAAGAAUUCUGGCUGAGCAGGAAGAGAUCAAACGUCAGAAACAGCAGAACAAGUCAUACUUUGGAUACUCCCCAAAGCCCCAAUUUAAUCGUCCUCCAACAGCUUCUGCGCCUCCCCAACAAUCGCCUAACUCAAGCUUUCCACCUGCCUUCCGAUCUUUCAAUCACUAAACUCAAAUAAUUUAAUCAAAAUAUCUUUUUCUCAUCUAACAUUAUCCUUAACGACGGAUUUCGAGUGAACCUUUCUUUUAUUAUUUUGUUUUUCGCUGUUUCUUCUCCUUUCUAACAACAUUUAAUACGCAAAAUGUGAGAUUUCAUCAGUCGCAAGUCUCAAAUUCAAAACAAUGUUUGACUCACCUGCAACCUGCACAAAAAAUAAUCACAACGAUGAAUUUAUAUGUUGCACAUUAACUAACAAACACACAAAUAAUUGGCAAUCGAUCGAAUCCAUUAAAAACAUUCGACCAUUAAGCAAAAGAAAUUUUUUCUCUUGUUUUUGGAUUUUUUUUCGACUAAAUUUACAUAAAAAUUUCUCGUUUCCAUUUUCCAUUCUUUCCGUGUUUCAACCAAAAAACAAAAUUUAUCAAACAAAUCAAUUUAUGUUAACACGAUACCAAAGCUACAAGAAAACAGUCGUCUAUGAUCCAUUGAAAAGCGAGACAUAUCGUGCACUCCAAGAGAGUUCUUAUACUGAUGACAGAGUUAGGGAAGUGGCAACACCAGUUCAGCCAAAAGUAUUUCAACCAAAUCGCUUAGUUCCAGGAAAGAAACCAGUUUCGUCUUUCCCACCACCUGAUCCCAUCUCUAGACAUCCUGUGAACUCUUUGGGUGAAUCAACCGACGUCAUUCAUCAAAGCGGAAGCUUCAAGCGAUUAAUGUAUCACGUUUUAGGUGAAACUGAUUAUUAAGUUUGAUGUGCUGUCAUCAUAAAAUAUUAGAAUGAAGCGAAAACAAUUUUGAACUUCUUGCACAACCAUCACGAACGGUCGUUGCAAUGAUGAUGAACUUAAUAAUAUUAAUCAAAAAAAAAUGAAUUUUUAGUUUGAAAAGCUCGUUUUGGAUAAUGCAUAAAAAUGAUUUUAAUUUAAUCAUUUUCCAAUGCACCAGCAACGAUGCUUGAUAAAGUUUUCUUAAUUAAUUAAUUUAUUCUUCUUUCCUUUUCGUUUAUUUUUGCUGAUGAGUGGAAACUCUAGUCAAGUGAAGAAUUAUCUUAAAAAAACAAAAAGUUUGUUGUAAAUCAAUAUGACAUUUGAUAUUUUUCACAAAAUUUUAUCGCAUAAAAUGAUGCAAAAUGUAAAUAAUUAAAUGAAAUCACGAAUGAAAUUAUUUUAUUUUAUUUUGUCAUGUGCAAAACCUUAUUAUGAAACGAAUAAAGAUGUAAACAAUUGCAAAUAAUUUCUU